AUGGGGACUGAUGCUGCUGAAGAAGUGGAGACACUUCCAUAUCCGUAUUCUUUCAACGUGCAUGACUCCAUAUGUACAGAGUUGCUGAAGUUGGUUGAUAGAGUUUCUAAAAUAUUUCCAGAAAUUGAAGCAGCUCGACCUCGAUGCUCGUCUGGAAUACAGGCACUAUGCUUGUUAAACAAUGCACUUGAGAAAGCCAAGCAACAUCUUCAGUACUGUUGCGAGUCAAGCAAACUAUAUUUGGCAAUAACAGGGGAUGCGGUUGUCUCAAAAUGUCAAAGAUCAAGGAACUUAUUGGAACAGGGUUUAGGCCAAAUUCAAACAAUGGUUCCAGUAAUAUUGGCUGCUGAGAUAUCUCAAGUUAUUGAUGAUCUUAGGGCAGCAAUGUUUAUGCUGGAUUCCUCUGAGGAAGAGGCUGGCAAAGCCAUGCGUGAAUUGCUCCAGCAGGACAAUUUAGGAUCUGAUUUGGUGAUAAAUUCUGAAAUCAAAGCUAUUCAACUUGCAGCUCCUAGACUGCAUAUUACAUCCCAAAAGGCCAUACUGAUAGAAAAAAGAUCUAUUAAGAAGCAGCUAGAUAAAGCUGGUGGCAAUGACCCGAGAAAAAAGAGUAUCUUAAAUUAUCUUAUGCUUCUAUUGAAGAAGCAUGGACACUUGCUCAUUGAAGAGCAAACAGAGAUUCCCAAAGCUCAGCAUGAAGGAUUAUUUUUGCCAAAGAAGCCUGGUGAUGGUUCCUUUCAUAGGCAAUACAAUCAAGUAGAGUCUCUUAUAGGAUGUGAGCAGUAUGAGACUCAAACUGACAUGUUUAGUACAGCUACACCCCCUGAAGAAUUCAAGUGUCCUAUAUCUAUGAGAGUGAUGUAUGAUCCUGUUGUCAUUGCUUCUGGACAAACAUUUGAAAGUAUGUGGAUACAGAAGUGGUUUGAUGAGGGUAAUGAUACAUGCCCAAUAACCAAAGUGAAACUGGCUCAUUGUUCAUUGACUCCAAACGCAGCCAUGAAAGACCUAAUAUCAAAGUGGUGUGUGAAGUAUGGAAUCACCAUUCCUGACCCACGCAUUCAAGCAUCGAAGUUAUUGGACAUUUCUGCUAAUUCCAUCGCUAGUUUAGGCAGUUCCAUGAAUUAUCUACACCUUCCGCUGGAUCUUAGUAAUAUAUCACUUGGGUCUUUAGAUGCUAGUUACAUUUCAGAUUCUUCACGAUCUAAGGUUGCAAAUGGAUCAAAUUUGAUUUCAAUACAGAAUAAUGAUGAUUCCUAUAGACGCCAUUCUUAUGCAGAUAUGAAUCAGCAAGACUUGAAGAUUCUGUUUGGACUUGCUGAGCUUCCCUGGGAAUCUCAAUGCAAGACGGUUGAAGAUGUCAAGAGUCGUUUGCAGUGUAAUGAUCAAUUUUGUCAUUCAUUAUCAUCUGAGAAUUUUGUUGAACCUCUAUUUAGAUUCUUGAGGGAUGCUCACGACCAACAAGAUAUAGGUGCCCAGAGAUUUGGAUCUCAAUCUUUGCUUUCAUUUGUCAGCAAAAACAGAAGUGGAAUAUCAUACUUACAUGAAGACGCCUUUAAUCUGUUGUCAUUGCUUCUUGAUUCUGAAGUAAUUGAAGAGGUUCUUGCCAUAUUUGAAGUGCUGUCUGGCCACCCAUGUUGCCGACCUAAAAUCACUGCAUGUGGUGCUCUUGUUUCUAUCCUAAAAAUCCUCGACUCCCAUCGGACAGAAUUCCACAAACAAGCCAUUAGAAUUCUGCAUAAUUUGUCCUCAAACAUAGAUACUUGUUCCCAAAUUGUAUCUAUGGAGUGCAUCCCAAAAUUGGUGCCUUUGAUAAAGGAUGGCAAUCUUUCAAGAUAUUCUAUAGUUCUAUUAAGAAAUUUGUGUGAUGUUGAGGAGGCUAGGGUUUCUGUUACUGAAACAAAUGGAUGCAUUGCUGCCAUUGCUGAACUACUUGAGAGUGGCAGUCGUGAGGAACAAGAGCAUGCAGUGGCUAUUCUGCUUUCCUUAUGCUCUCAGCGUCUUCAAUAUUGUCAGUUGGUCAUGGAUGAAGGUGUUAUCCCUUCCCUUGUUGAUAUAUCUAUCAACGGAACUGACAAAGGGAGAGCGAGUGCUUUGGAAUUGCUGCGGCAGUUAAGAGACAUUGAAUAUGAUAACGAGCAAGAAGGCUUUGUUUCUGAUCUUGAUGCUGAUAGAGAUGCCAACCACCAAACAAGAGAGAAGAAAUCAUCGCCCAAGACAUCUGGAUUUUUCAAGAAUUUAUCAAUGUUCUCCAAACGCAGUUCUUUUGCAUCAAAAAAGAAGAGAUGA